AUAAAAUGACCACGUGACUCAUUUCAUACACUUUCACACUGAAUGUACUGUAGAAAAGAUUGACUAGUUUUUAAAUUGAACUGUGUCAGUGUGUUAAAGUGGCCAAAUGAAGGAUCUGGGAGAGUAUGUGUAAAACCAUUAACAUUUUGAUCUUGAGCUUCAUUUGACCAGUAGCAGAGGACACACGUCACAAUGCUGGGGAUGUAUAAGAAGUUGAUAACAGGACUAACACUAUGAGUCUUCAGUAGUGCCUUUGGCUAAAUACUGACGCUAGCAUGGCAACUUUACUCACAAUAUCAAUAGAAAGUUAUCAGUUAUUACAAUUCAUCCUGCAGGGAUGCAGUCUGAUUCUUCCUGAUGUUACAUAUUAACACAUCUCUAUAUACUGUACUGGGCUGUUGGACACCCCCCCUCAUCAUGAGUCUCAGUUUCAUCAAUCAGGAAUACUCAGAAUGAGAGAGGCCUCAAAGCAGACCUGCUUUAGAAAGAUUCAUAUUAUUGUCUGCAAUACUGUUAACACAAAUAUUAAUAUCACUUUAAGAAGAAUGGGUUGAAUGAAAAAGUAUAGUAACUAUUUAACUGGUUGUUCUGCCCUCCCCAACAUACACAACAAAACAAGCUCUUCCUAAGCAGAUGGAUUCUGAGCAGUUGUCAUGGAAAUGACCAGCAGAUGUUUACAUUAAAAAAUUUUUUAAUGAAAAAUUACAAUUUUGAACAUUCACCAUCCAUCUGCUGAGGAACAUUGUGUGUUGUGUAUCUGAAAGUGAGCAGCUCCUAAAUGAUGUGGUGAGGUCAUUGGGUCAACUUUCAAACCAACACCCACAUGUGAAUAAAUGGAAACUCUAAGAAGGAGAGAGACGUAUUACGUGAAUAUCAAGCUUGAACUCGAGCCGGAGCAGACUGCUGCAGGAAGGUGCCAUAAGGUCAGACUGUACAUCAUCAACUUUAGGAAUCGUUGUCUGACAUUGGAAAACCUGGACACUCUGUCAGCGUUCAUGCCUGCGCUGCAGUGCCGCCUCACUGGACAGCCUGAUCUGCCUCUGCCUCUGAUCGCAAACGUCAGGACAAACUGUCUGAGAUCACCCUUCACUUAUAAAGACGAGGACGUGGAGAAUGCGACAUGCUGUUCUUUGGUGGAAAAACCAGCACAGGUCAUGAUGACCCCUGCAGGCUUUAGGCUUCCUGCCGGCAGACUGCUGUCUCCACCCCACCCAGACAAAGUUUCAAUCACAGUUCUGAAAGCAGACUGGAGAAACGUCGUCCGCUCUUUGGAGUGGGGUGGCGUGUUUUUCAGCAGGGUCGUGUCCUCGUGCUACAGCGCUGCAGAGGAGCAGGUGAAGGGCUGGUUCAGGGUGUCUGACUACACUGAAGACGGCCACAUGAUACUGUCAGUGUUGUGCUACUUCCCCAUUGUGGAAGUGGAGAGGGAGGGGCGGGAGGAGCCUCAGAAAAAGAGGAAGAGGGAGGAAAGCGUUGACGGCUCUACACAAAAACGCCUCAGACUGUAACCACCUCAAGUGCAUCAAGAACUAGUAAAUUGAAAGAUUCUCAUCCUGUUGGCUUCACACCCUGAGAUCACUGAACCAGACUCUCUCUGCUCCUCAGCUGAGAAUGUGUUUGACUUUGUACAGCC